AUGUCCACACACAAACAAUCCAUGCUCCCGCCCAUCAAUGUGAUAUUCAAGUUUCUCCAGCAGCAGGUUCCUGUCACCAUAUGGCUCUAUGAACAAACACAGCUGAAAAUACAGGGCAGAAUACGUGGUUUCGAUGAGUUCAUGAACAUUGUAAUCGACGAUGCUGUCGAGAUACUAAAGGACUCCGAAGUGCCCUUGGGACGUAUAUUACUCAAGGGAGAUAACAUAACGUUGAUAUCGUCCGUAGAGACGUGA